AAACACUGUGAGGACUGCAAGAAUAUGUACUACAGACUGACUGAUGAGUUUGUAUGUAACAGGUCUUGUCCAAACUGUAACACUCAUGGAAGAAAUCCUAACAGACAUUGCAUGCAGAUUGGAGGAAACUGCAGUUGUAAAGCUAAUGUAGAAGGAACACUCUGUGACAUGUGUAAACAUCUGACAUACAAACUCGGACCAUCAACAGAGGGCUGUACACAGUCAAACUGUAGUUCUGAUGGCAGUGAAUCAUGCAACAAUGAAACCGGAUCCUGCAACUGUUACCCUAAUGUCACUGGCAACACCUGUGACAGGUGCAGUCCCUUACAUUAUAACAUUACGUCUGGCAGAGGAUGUGAGUCAUGUUUGUGCAGCUCCAAAGGAACAGUGAAAAAGAACCUCCAGUGUAAUGUCACAUCUGGAAAGUGUGAUUGCAAAACAAAUGUUACAGGAAGACAGUGUGAUGAAUGCAAGGAUGACUACUGGAAUCUAGAGUCUACCAACGAUGUUGGGUGCACGAAGUGUGUCUGUAACAUGAUUGGCAGCACAAAUUCAACCUGUAACAAGCAGACAGGACAGUGUCCAUGUUGGAACAAUGAUGACAGCAAUACAGAAUGUAACCCCACCUCCACAUCGGUGAUACCAAAGUUUGGUCCACAGGUUGGCGGAACACUGGUUACUGUUUCCGGGCAUCUCCUCAAUGGCAGUUCAAUGUACUUCCCGAAAAUAUAUCUUGAUGGAAACAAUACCUCCAUUAUUAGCAAAUCGGAGACAAGGAUCAUUUUCAAAACAAGUAAGAUGGAUGUUUCAAAAGAAUUGGAUGUUGAGUUAAGAUGGCACCAACAAAGUUAUUUAAUUAAACUGGGAAAAUUUUCCUAUAGGCCUGAUCCAGCUAUUACUCUAGAUACCAUUCCUGCUGUGACAACAUUUGGAAGUGGUGGAUGUAGAGUGACCAUGAAAGGCACUAACCUAGAUAGUGUCUAUCAGCCCAAGGUCAAGGUCUCAACUGGGUCAGAAGUCCACGAGGCUGUGUGUGAAGUUGAAAACAGCGGUGUUAUGAAAUGUCCAACUCCCCGACUAAACACGUCAAGCCCUAAUUCCAGUUUCUCACUAGACUUGGAGCUGGAUGGUGUGAAGUACACCAAUGUAACACAAGUCACAGUGGUGCAUGACCCUCAGCUUAAGGAUGCGAAAAUUGUUGACUUUAAAUAUCCGUUUGAGAAAACAGUAACACUACACGGAGCCCGACUACAAGCAGCAUGCCACGCGGAGGAUGUCACAGUGAUGAUCGGAAAGGGUCAGUGUCGAAACAUAAAACUCUCCGAUACUACCAUCACUUGUGAACCGCCGGCUGAUGCUCCGGGGAAUGGGAACGAAUUUACUAUUCAUGUUAGUAUUGGUUUCUUCAAUCAAAGUGUUGGCAAACUGUACUACAAACCGUGGUGGGAGACUAGGUACUUUGUUUUCAUCGUGGUUGGGAUUGCAGCAUUUCUCAUCCUUGUCUUUGCUAUCCUGAUAGCUAUCUGCUGCUGCGUGUGUCGCAAACGCAGACGCAGGAACAGGAAUCUGAACAACGAAAAUGAAGAAUCUGCCAAGUUCACAGAUGUAGCACUAGAUCCAGGGGCAGAGUUGCUGCCUGUAAGUGAGCCAUCAUCAGCGAGUCGCGGCAGUGAUUCCACGUUUGCCAUUGACAACCCUGCAUACACCAUGGAACCAGCUGCAGUUGAUACCGACAUGGUCAUCAUCACUGAAUCCUUUCUACAUCAGCUUGAGGAAAGUAUUCGAGGAAAUGUUGGGGAAUGCCUUAUUAAUGGAGAUCAGUUCGAGAUAGGAAACAUUUGUAGCCACAAAGGCACCAUAUCAAGAGUGGUGAAUGGAAAUUUUACAUUUUCUGCUGAGAAGAAUCCAAAUGUAAAACUGACAAUAAAAAUGCCUAUAAAAGCUGUGGCAGAUACGGCAAAGUUACCUACAUGGACCUCUUCUGUGCUGAGGGAAGCCCUUCGACUUCGUAAACAUGUCAGUGGUUCCACUCAUAGAAUCUAUGGCAUUGGAUUGGAUAACAAGUACUUUUACCUACUGUAUCCUUACAUGGAGAACAGAACACUCAAAGACCACAUUGUCAAGUCAAGCAAUAAUUUUCAACUUUGCCAGCUGGUAAGGUUUUGUGUCGAUGUUGCAGAAGGGAUGGACUUUUUGGCAAGCAAGGAUAUUGUACAUAAGGAUCUAGCAGCAAGGAACUGUUGGGUUGACAGUAAUCAGACGGUCAUGGUUGGAGAUGGCUCAUUUUCAUAUGACCUGUUUCCAAAAGAGUACAUAUUUGACAAGUUGAAAGACCGGCACAUUCCAGUGAGGUGGAUGGCUCCAGAAAGUCUUCAGUCAGGAUUCUACGACACCAAGUCAGAUGUUUGGUCUUUUGGAAUUGUCAUGUGGGAGGUUCUGACCAGAGGUUUACUCCCAUUCCAAGAAAUACCAGAUGAUCAAGUUAAGAAUUACGUUGUCAAGGGAUACCGACUUGGAAAACCACACCUGGUUUGUGAUGACUUAUUUAUGCUGCUGAACAUGUGCUGGGAUUCAGAAACUGAAGAUCGACCUUCAUUCUCAGCUCUGGCCACAAGGUUUCACAGCAUGCUAGCAGCUCAAAAUGCACACAGUGAUGAUCAUGAUGAUGAUGUGUACAUUAAUACACCUUCACAACCAAACAGCAUCUAUGUUAACUUAGCAGACGCAGGCCUGAGAAAACUACCACCAAGGUCCAAGAAACAGGAGAAUAUAUAUGGAAAUGUUUAGGUGUCACUAAAAUUAAAAUAAAGAAAAUAAGUGCUACUGACUGUUCAGAGUUGGUCAUAAUGGAUAUUACAAUGCUUGAAUUUUAAACAAAAAUUUCUAUUUUUUUGUACCUUUUUAUUUGAAGAUCAUUAAGAUAAGAGCUUAUAGCUACAGUCCUUUAAAUGUUUACAUUUGCUUAUAAUGUACUCGUUUCAUUCAUUUCCAGUACUCUCUUCAACAUGAUGUCAUCCAGAAGUACCCGGUAACCUGUUGUCUUCCAUUUAAACAGAUUCUGUUGAAUCUCUGUACAGUCAUGUCUAACUACAAUGACCAUUACCAUGACAUUUACAUCAUAUAACCAAACAUUUACAGCAACAAAUGUACAGCAAUGUUAUUCUGUUCAUUAUACUGUAAUUCACACCUUCUGACACUGACAGAGCAAAUUAGGAACUUAUUAAUGUAUAUCCAACUUCUGAACUACAUUUCAUAAUUAUAGAUGCUGUAAUGGGUUGAAUGUGGCACUGUGAAUGACCAAAUUUAACAGUAUAUACACACACCACUUCACAUCCUUGAACUUGUUGGGAGCUGACAGUCUCACAUGCCAGUUACCACUGUCUGUUAAAUUCACAGAGGUAUUUCUUUUUAAAAUAUACCUCAGUCAUUCAGUCAGAGGAUUAUUAUGAAUAAUUAGGUCUUCUGCUAUAUGGUGGUUGAUGACCUCCCAGUAUCUUGUGCACUUAUGAACAAAGUGACCCAAAGACAAACAUGGUGGUUGUAAUGAGGUCAGACUGUAUAUCAACCCUACUUACUGGAAUGGAAAUUAAGAGAACAAUCUACAUGUAGUUUAACAUUUUGCUGUACUUAAUUAAUCAAACAAAUGCUUUCUUUUAGAACCACAUUUCAAUUGUGCUGUUUUGUUUUAUAUAUUCCAGAUGUAAUAUUCUAAUAUAUAGGCCUACUUACACACAAUUUUCAUUAAUUUUGUAUAUUUUUAUAAAGAAAAUAAACUGACUUUUUAUAAAUGUAAUUUUCAAACAUUACAAAUAAUGUAUAUUGAUCAUAUAUUUAUGUAGUACCUGUCAUUUAGAAUCUUUAGCUUUUACUAACAAUCCCAUUCUUCAAAAAUGUUUCUUGUAAAUAAUUUCAGUUCGAUUUGACGUAAGAAGAAAAGCAAACAUGUUUUGGUAGUAAUAAAAAAUACUAUUAUUGUGUACAAUUUAAAAAACAAUCUACUCAGAAAUAAAUAAUGUAUAGUAAAUUCCACAGUAUGAAUAAAAAGGCAUUCCCUGUGGGAAGGACUAUAAAUUUGUUUUAAUGUACACUUUUUGACAUUCAGCUCAAGGAUUCGAACCCACAACUUACUGAACUUGCCAACAAGUAAAACGCAUCAUCAAAUGAACAUGCAGCAGAUAAUUUAAGCGAUAUAAACCGGAUACUAGUAACAGUAAUAUUUUCAGAAAUCAGAAAUCAUUGAUUACAUAUUUAUCACAUGUAUCACACAUAUCAGUAUGCCAUCCACUGCUGAGAAUUGACUGACCUAAUCAUUCAGGUUAGGUUUGAAAGGAUCCAGUCGUCUUCACGUAUUGCUUGCCAUGUUAAUCAAGUCUUAGAGAAAUUACUUUGGCAGUUACAUAAUUUUUUUUAAUGAAUACUGGAUUAAGUUGGAAAAUGCACUCAAAAGUGUGGAUUCAUGAUAAAAAUAACACUCUCUCCCCAAUGGAGCUUGUAAAUUAUUUUUUUAGAAAUGCACACAUUCUCGUACAUUCUCCACUACUUAAACUUUAUGUUAAUGUACCUCAGGGAAUUAACAUGUUAACAAUUACAAGUUUUGAUUAUUAUGGGAUUACAUGUACAUGUAGCAUUAACGAUCUUAGCUUCGCUCUAAGACCAUCAGUCAGAAUUACCAAAUGUUUGACAUCCAAUAGCUGAUGAUUAAUAAACUGAUUUAUUAUCCACAUAGUUCAAGAUAUACAGGGAAAUAUAUCCAGUAUGACACACGUGUCAUAAUGAUUUCACACGACCAACAAAUGAUGUAACUUUGGGAAGCAAACAUCAUAACAUAAUGUGGCUUCCCAAUUCUUAUCUCUGUGUAAUCGCUUACCAAAAUGACGUUAUUUCGUCAUCUCCUAGUUACAUUUGAAUCAUUCUGACACAAUCCUGUUAUUCAUAAAAAAUAAUAUUGUGGAUAAUAAAGAAAUUAUUACAUUUGCAUGUGAAUCUUACUGAUUUUACGAAAUUUAUGUCAGGAAUCAAGUAUUACCCUCAAUCUUGCUCAGACAAAAUAAAAAUCCGGACACUCAUUUCGUAAAAUCAGUAUGACACACAAUUUAAUAAUAAUUUCUAUGUACUCUGGUUGUGUCAUCAAACAAAAAAUGUGAACAUUUUCAGUGAAAUUAAGUGUAACUUGUUGGUAUUUUGUACUAUGUGUAUGAAAGAAAUUAUUGUUUAAUAUUAUAGCAUAUUGUUUAAUUCUGAAUGCUUAAAAAUAUGUUUGAGAUAGCAGCACACAAACACACACACACACACAUAAAUCAAAUUAUAAAUCCUCAAACUGUAAUUAUGUGGGCCAAUAUAUUCAGGACUAAUUGUGUUUCUGGACUGCUGGUCCAAUUGUAGUUCUACGCCCCGUUUUAUAGACUUUAAAUUUCUAACUGCUCAAAUAACUCCUGAACUGCAAUAAGUUACUUUGACUAAUUCUGUAGAUCAGAAACCCCCCUUCUUUUGAGGGGAUUUGUGUUACCGUCACUUUUACACUUUUCAGAUGCCAUUUCACAAGGCAGAAUCCUGUUUGUGGAGAAUAUUAGCAUUCAUUUCAUAACUAGCUUCUGUGUAAAUUUGCUGAACUGUAAAUAUUAUACUAGUUAAUCAAUAUUUAUACAAAUUGAAGUAGUUUAUAUUGACAAAUGUAAAAAAAAUGUUUGUAUUUGUGUGCGAGUGAUCUGUAUUGUUGUCAACUAAUACUGUAUUUAUUACUAUAUAAAUGAUACAAUGUGCCAUAGUCCAGAUACAUGUACAUGUAGUAUUUCCCAACCCGAGUGGUACUCGUGAAGGGUGCUUGCAAGGUUCAAAACAAGUAUGUAGAGGUGCUUUUCUUCUUUGUUUUUCAGAGGUUAAUAAAAGCAGGUAUUAUUUAAAAGAAAAAAAUGCAUUUAAUGUUGUAUUUAUGUUAAAAAAUGAUAUGGUAAAUCGACCAUUGAAAUGAAGGGAGCGGGCAAUGGGCUGUUACUGUUCAUCAAAUGGGUAGUCUGGCUUAACAUGUUGUGAAACUCUGAUCUAGAUUCUUGAUGUGUUGUUUUUAUACUUUGUUCUUCAGGAAAUACAGUGAAAUUACA